GACAUAUGAUAUUAAAGGAAGACCAAAAUGAGGCGAUGCAGGGGUUGAAAGUGAAGGAUGGGGAAGUCAAAGCCAAACUGAGUUCUCUCUCUCCUGCUCUUCUCUUUUCUCUUCUCUAGCCAUUUAUACCCGCAAAUCGAGAUGAACUAAGAUGGAUGUGUAGCUUGGUGGAUGUGAAUCGGUUGCUUCGAGUCCUGCCAUUGCUUCUCAAGCAUGAAGGUGCCUCCUUUCUUGGUUAACUGAGGACAAAACCUAUUGAUGCUUCUGUUGCCCCUGCAAUAGGAUUCUUGGCUUUUCUGGAUUGCACUGCUCUUGGGACAACCGAAAGUUUUCACUUUCUGUAGCUGUACCUUCCAAGGAAGAGCCGCUUAUAACACUGUCGACAACUCGAGUCCGGCUCUAGUCAUCAUAUGUUAUGGGGAAGAUAGGGGAUGUUUCUGUCAAUAUUUUGAUGAAAAGAUUAAGCUUUGCGUGCUUGCUCCUCUUUAUCCGACCUCUUCGCUCCAAUUCCCAGAACCAGAGCUGCAUCUCUGGUGAUCUAAAUGCCCUGCAAGGCUUCUUGAGAGGACUGGAUUCAGGCAUACCAGGUUGGAGCAUGAAUGCCUCUGCUUCCGGUUGCUGCAGCUGGGAUGGCGUUUCCUGCGACGACUCGGUAGGCUCAGGACGAAGGGUGAUCGGGCUGGAUCUCCAAAAUAAGAGCUUGAAGGGAUCCUUAGCUGAUUCUUUGGCAGAUUUGGAAUACCUAUCAUGGCUUAACCUUUCUUCUAAUUCUCUUCAAGGCACAGUUCCAUCAGGGUUAUUUCGUCUUCGCCAAUUGAAGCGCCUCGAUCUCAGCAUGAAUAGACUCUCCGGACCAAUUCCGAUGGAUUCGUACCUUCCGUCACUUGAGGUUCUCAAUGUUUCUCAUAAUGCUUUCACAGGCAGCCAUCCGAUUCUUGCCGGGUCGACGAAGUUGGUGGUGUUUGAUAUCAGCUCAAAUAAGUUUUCUGGUGGCGUCGACACAUCCGUAUGUAAUUUUUCAUCUGGAAUUCAAGUCCUUCGGUUAUUGGCGAACUCCUUCUCUGGUGACCUUCCUGUUGGAUUCGGUAGCUGUGCUUCCCUCGAAGAGCUCUAUGUUGAUUCCAAUGAUAUCUCCGGGAAUCUGCCGAAUGAUUUGUUCGAGCUGUCAUCUCUGAGGAGACUAUACCUACAGGAGAAUCAGCUGUCUGGCUGGCUGAGCUCAAGAAUAGGUAAUCUCUCUAACCUUGAGCAACUGGAUCUUUCAUUUAAUUCUUUCUCAGGCGACAUUCCAAAUAGCUUCAGCAGCUUAAGAAAUCUCAAGUAUUUGUCCCUUCAAUCCAAUAGUUUCAGUGGCCAUAUGCCUUACUCCUUGUCAAACUUACCGCCACUUAGAGUGCUCAACCUGAAGAACAAUUCGCUUAGUGGUGGAAUCACUUUGAAUUGCACGGUGAUGAAUCAUCUUAGCUCGCUUGAUCUUAGCUCAAAUGAUUUCAGUGGCCCCAUUCCUUAUAAUCUUUCUCAGUGUGUGGAAUUAAAGACCUUGAAUCUUGCUCGGAACAACCUGAGUGGUGAAGUUCCGAUCAGCUUCAAGAAACUGGCUUCAUUAACUUACCUCUCACUUUCCAGUAAUAGCUUAUCCAACAUAUCGUCCGCAUUGAUAAUCCUACAGGAUGUCCAAAGCCUCACCGGUUUGGCACUCACAAGGAACUUCCUUGGUAGCGAGAGAAUUCCAAUGGAUGGAAUUCAGGGAUUUCAAAACAUACAGCUUCUCGCUAUUGCAAGCUGUGGCCUUUUCGGAUCCAUUCCACCAUGGUUGUCAAAUUUUACCAAAUUAAAUGUACUGGAUUUGUCAUGGAAUCAUUUGGAAGGGACCAUCCCUUCAUGGAUAGGGUAUCUUGAUCAUCUUUUCUACUUGGACCUAUCGAACAAUUCGCUCAGUGGGGAGAUUCCAACAAGUUUGGCACAGAUGAAAAGCCUAAUCUCUGGCAGCACCUCACAGCUUGGACCUCGAACAGAUGACUUCCCUUUCUACGUUAAAAGGAACAUUAGUGACAAGGGACUGCAAUACAAUCAAGUCGGCAGCUUCCCGCCAUCCUUAAUUCUGUGCCAGAACAUGCUUGUUGGACCAAUCUUACCAGGGUUUGGGAGCCUUACGAGGCUUCUUGCACUGGAUCUAAGCAGAAAUAGAUUAGCAGGGCCUAUUCCAGAUGAGAUAUCAGACAUAUCUGACUUAGAGUUUUUGGAUUUGUCACACAACAAUCUUACCGGAAGCAUUCCUUCCUCGCUGUCUAAGCUCAAUUUUCUAUCGAGUUUCAGUGUAGCCUACAAUAAUCUGUCUGGGCCUAUUCCAACUGGCGCCCAGUUCUCAACCUUUUCUAGUUCUGAUUUUGAAGGGAAUCCAGGUCUCUGUGGUUUUCACUUGAAUCCAUGUAAUUCUGGAACGCCUGAAGUUCUUCAACAGACCAGUCACAGAAGGCAAAAUUAUAAAGGUGUGAUCAUAGGACUGGCAGCUGGAAUCGGACUCGGAGCAUGUUUCCUUAUGGCCUUUAUCUACUUUCUUUUGUCAAAGGCUCAUUCUAUCCGACAGGACGACGAUUCAAGGGUUGUGGCAGAUUCAGGUGGCAAUUUGGAGGAGGCAGAGUCUAGAUUGGUGUUUCAGUUUCAGAACAUGAACGACUGUGACUUAAGCAUUGGUGAUAUUUUGAGAUCCACCGACCACUUUGACCAAUCUAACAUCAUUGGUUGUGGAGGCUUUGGCCUAGUUUAUAAAGCGACUCUACCAGAUGGGAGAAAGGUGGCUAUCAAGAGGCUUUCCGGUGAAUAUUUUCAGAUGGAGAGGGAAUUCCAAGCUGAGAUAGAAACUCUUUCUCAAGCUCAACAUAAAAAUCUUGUUUUGCUUCAAGGAUACUGCAAGAUUGGCACCGACAGACUUUUAAUCUACUCGUAUAUGCAAAAUGGAAGCUUAGACUAUUGGCUCCAUGAGAAACCUGAUGGUGGAUCUAUGCUGCACUGGGAGAAAAGACUUGGGAUAGCUAAAGGAGCAGCGAGGGGAUUAGCAUACUUGCACCAAUCAUGUGACCCCCACAUACUGCACCGUGACAUUAAGUCCAGUAACAUCCUACUCGACGAGAACUUUGAAGCUCAUUUGGCCGAUUUUGGGCUCGCAAGGCUUAUUUUGCCGUAUGAUACUCACAUCACGACGGACUUAGUUGGGACAUUAGGCUAUAUUCCUCCUGAAUAUGGCCAAUCCUCGGUUGCUACUUUUAAGGGUGAUGUAUAUAGCUUUGGAGUCGUUCUACUGGAGCUACUUACCGGUAAGAGGCCAGUGGACAUGUGCAAACCGAGGGGAGGGAGAGAAUUGGUAUCAUGGGUCCUUCAUAUGAAGAAGGAGAAGAGGGCAGCAGAGGUACUUGACCCACACAUAUACGAUGAAACACUAGAGUUCCAACUGAUGGCCAUGCUCGAGAUCGCUUGUUUUUGCAUAAGUGACUCCCCGAAACUGAGACCACUGACCGAACAACUAGUCGUAUGGCUUGAUGACAUUGGCACAUAUGACCGUAUGCCAAAAUAAAGCAGGCCUCCUUGGAGCUGUGCAGUGAUUUCUUCUCUCUUUGAGAUCAGGAAUAGCUGAUUCUUUGUACACAGUGAUCGAUAGUAUAUAACUCAAUUUCACAUGGCUUUUUCUCUUCCUAGGAAAAUUCGAUCCAUACACACGAUACAGAAGGUGAGAUCAUGACAGGACACAGGACACAGAUGUAAAGCUGUGAGUUUUGGUUUUUGAUAUGAGCAUCUGAAACUAAAUCCUAGUGGCAUGUACAUCAUGUAACCUUUCAAUUUUUUCAGAGGCCGAUUAUAUAAUGUGGAAGAACAUUGGAAUAAGAUCAACCAAUUUAAGUUUCUGAUGUUUAGUUCUCCACUUCAAUCAUGAAAUGUAGACAAGUUCUUCAAAUGUCACACUCACCCUUCGAUAGUAUAUGUUCUAUGAGCUAAAAGCUGGAUGCAGGAAACCAGCUUCAGUGUCUGUUUCUUGUCACAACAAUGUUCAGUGAUCCUAGCAUCCUUACAGUCUCAUCGUCAAAUCAUUACUUCAGCAAAGGAAGCUUUGCAUUCUUUGUAUGUGACGAACACAUCCCCUGCAUCACAAAGGAAUCAUGGUUGGAUAGAUGAUUUAUUUUAUAGCAUGCAUGAUCAUCAAAUAUCAUUCUUUGCUUAACAUUUUAAAAAGUCCAACAUCUUUUUACCACAAUCGUGCGAGUAGUGAUUCCAUCUAACAAGUUUUUGAAGACCAAAUUCUUGAAAGCAAUGAACAGCACUGAGCUGGAAGC